CUGUGAAAUCAAUCUCUGGAAGAUCUUUUCAACAUUUCAGCGGCCUUCACAACAAUGAACUUCCAAGUCGAUGCGGCCGCUUUUGCUCCUCACUCUGCCCAUCUUAUCGUUAUGCCAUGCAUUCGACAAACAGGGAAAUGAUGCUCGAAUUUCUCCGCUAUCCGCAGGCAAGAACGAGGAAUUCAAUCAGGCAAAAGUGAAGAAUUCUGAAAUUCCAUCGGAAUUUCAUAACUUCACUCCCAAUGAGCUCAUCCAGGAAGCGGAGAAGAAUGCACAAAAUGAUCAACUUUUAGCGGCAGCAAGGAAAUUGCGACUUGCUCUGGGAGGCGCCUCUGACUCAAGUACUAUUGACCGAUCUUCUCUGAAGCUUUCCCACAGAAAGCUCCUGGAUGUUGCCGACCGCCUCGAAGCGACCAUUCUUGACCUGAGCUCACCGCCUGACCCCAACAUUUGGACCAAACAAGGGGAAGUCCAUGAUGGCAAACACGACAUGCUUGUAUACUACAAACUGGAUCAGCAGAGACGUCUUACGUCGAGAAUUGAAUUCCUCAUUGACAAAGAGCUUUUAGUGCCAAUUCUGGCAGUGCUGGUAGAAACUGAGUUGUACAACACUUGGGUUCCAUCAUGGCGGUUCCCACCGGUUGGCGUACGACAUGUCCGCAAAAUUGCUCAAACAGGCCGUACCAACCAGGUAAUACACGCAGAUGUUGAUAUACCAUGGAAGAGGGAUGUUAUCAUCUCCUCGAUUGGUGUCGAAGAUGUGGAAGAACAUGGCCUGCUGGGUAUCCAUCUUGGCCCUAAACCAGAAGGAGAAGAGCUUGGCGAAUCUGGCCAGCGAGUACCCUAUCCGGAGAAAGGCGUCGUCAGAGUGGACUUUGAAGCUUGUUUUGUGUUUCAGAAAUGCCCUGCAAACCACCCUUGCCUCAUCCACAACGCCCAACUGCAAGACUCUGCUUCGAACGAUGUCAUCCUGGUGGGAUUUUCCAUGUUUGCGGAUGCCAAGAUUUCAAGUCUAUUCCCUCAGUGGAUUGUUAACUUUAUUGUGCGAGUUGCCAUGGUACGGUUGUUUCGAAUAUUCAUUGGAGUCGCAGAAGAAAUCCAUGCAGGCAGACGUCCCGACCACACAGCAGCAAUACACAAAAGAAGCGGAGAAAUCUAUGAUUGGAUUGAAGAGCGAGUGAACACCAUGUUGAAAGCAAAAGAUGCUUGAGAUUUGGGGUGAUCAAUACCGGUGCUGGACAACCCAAAUGGAGCGUUUUUUCCCUCCUGCCCGAAUGGAUAUAUGGGUGGCAAGACUGCACCCCCACCCACACAAGAUACAUUUCCAGAAUCUCACAGACUACAGGACAGCCUUGAUUGCUCCCUUCAGUGGCCAAAGUGGCUUGGUUUGCUGCCGUGACCAAGGCUAACUCGAAGUCUCUGCUAAUGAAGAAUCCUGUUUCGGCUAAAAUCUUGCAAUCCUAAAUCUCUAAUACUAAGAGAAAACUCUAGCUACUGACAUGUCACGU